CUAAACAGGUUGAUCAGUGAUGUCAUGAGUGAGACCAUGGCAGCAACAACAGCUCACUCCGCCGAGCAGCCAAACGAACAAGAGUACAUCCUGCCGGAAACCGCGUCCGAUGGCUCUCCAACCAACGCGCCAAGAAGACCAGACCUUCACUUAUCGUCCGACGUCCGUCCGCGAUCAUCCAGCGACGCAGCGACGGCGGCAGCAAUUUCUACAGGGAGAAUAAGAUCCUCUUCGUUCACCGAGGCCGCCGUACGGUCGCCAGUGCGCGUGAGACAGUCACCCCAGAGGCGAGUGUUGAUCGCCAUUGAUGGUAGCCAAGGCAGCAAGAAUGCGUUCGACUGGUACAUCGUCAAUUUGCAUCGUCCCACCGACUUGGCACUGUUGGUGCACGUCUACGCUCAGCCAUCACUCCCGGCAAUCAGCUUCUCUCUCUCAAAGUUCAAAUUUAAUAUUCCCUACGACGUGUGGCAGGAACGACUUCAAGAGGCAAUCGACAAAGCACACAAGACUGUCAACCAAUACGAGGCCGUUUUCCAGACAAAAAAGAUACGACACCAGACGUUGAUGAUGUCUGGUGCAGCUGGCGAGCUCAUUUGUCAGGCUGCUAAAGAGCAUCAUGCGGACAUGAUCGUGAUGGGCAGUCGUGGACUGAAUGCACUCAGACGAAGCUUCUUGGGCAGCAUCAGCAGCUACACCCUUGACCACGCCCACAUUCCUGUUGUCAUUGUCCCUACACAGAAACAUUCGUAAUUGCACACGCACAGCUGGAGUGAUCGACGAUUGAGUGAGGAUGCGGUUGUUGAGUGGUAAUUUACUGGAUUUCAAGCGUCUUGUGUGAUUAAGUUUCAUUUAGUUUUGACAUCUAGUUGCAUGAAUUCUUGAAUCGACGCUGACUGUAUUGCAUUAUCAUUUUAUUAACACUGCAAGUUAAUCACG